CGUCGCCGCCGCGCCCGGCGUCGAGUUCCGCUUCCGUCCGCCUCGUUGCCGGCAGCCGCCACCGAGCCCGGGAAAGGCGCGCGUGCUCUCGGGACGCUUCCGCUUCCGAAGGAAAAUCGGAGUCGUCCGCGCCCGCCCUCCGCUCUCCGAGCCGGCCCGGCCCCUCGGGAGAGAGACUGCUCCGCCGGUUUUUCUCAGCCGUCUCCGGGGUGGCUGACGGGGGCUCUUCUUCCUCAGAUGCGGCGGCGGAGCCCAUGAGGAUGGAGGCCCGGGACGCGGCGCGGGCCAACCACGGCUCCGUGUUCAAGGCCUUUCCCCUGCCCUCGAGAGCCGGCCUGCGGGAUCCGCUCUCCCAGCCGGACAGCAAGUUUUUACCCAACAAGAUCAGCGGUUUCGCUUGCCCCGCUGGAAAUGCAUCCUGCGCUCUCAAUUACAGCCCAGAAGUCCCCUGCCCCGAGAGCUACCGGGCAGUGGGGGAGCCUCGAGCCUUUGGCUCCAGCGCCAACGGGCAGUGGAGGGGCUUGAUUCCCCCUCUGGGCUCUGUGCCACAGAAGCCGAGGGUGAGCCGAGGCUCUUACCUUGAAGCUCGCAAAAACCCCAGUGGGACGUCCAACAGUUUUGUAGGAAAAUCAAACCACCAUUGCCAUGCAUCAGCUUUUCCAAUCAAACCCGCUCAGAGUCCUUCCUGGAGUGGUCCAUGUCGCCGCAGCCUGCUUAGCCCCAAGAAGACUCCCCGACGGUUCAUCAGCACGGCGGAAGAGACUGUUCGAGAGGAAGAGCGAGAGAUCUACAGGCAGUUGCUUCAGAUGGUCACAGGAAAACAAUUUUCCACGUCCAAGUCCUCUUCAUUAUUCCCCUUUCAUCUGUCCAGGUGUUCAAAUUCCAGCAAAACCAUAGUGAAAGAAACUCCCAGCAAGAACUCAAAGCUGUUUGAAGCUCACAGCGUUGCACCAGCCAGUUCAGCGACCAGCAUUCUCAGAGCACAGGAGCAGCCGUCACACAAACCGUCUCUCUACUCCACCCCCAGCUAUCCCUCCAAUAUCUUUGAGUCCAGUAACUCCACAGCCCAGCAUCAGCAAGAAAAUCUACCAGCAUCUAACGCACAAUCUGAAGGGUCGGACUCUGUCAUUUUGCUCAAGGUAAAGGAUUCCAGAACGCCAGCACCAAGCCUCCCAUUCUUCCAGGCAGAACUGUGGAUCAAAGAACUGACCAGCGUCUAUGACUCACGAGCUCGGGAGAGGUGGCGGCAAAUUGAAGAGCAGAAAGCACUGGCCUUGCAGCUGCAAAGCCAGCGGCUGCAGGAACAAGAACACUCAGUGCAGGAUCUGGUGGAUUUAAAUCUUCGAGUACCCCUUGAGAAGGAAAUCCCUGUCACGGUGGUCCCAGAAGAGAAAGAAGAUGCUAAGUCAGCUGACGGUGAAGAGGAGUUCCCUGAAAUCACUGAGGAAAUGGAAAAAGAAAUAAAGAACGUAUUCCGAGGUGGGAACCAGGAUGAGGUCCUCAGUGAAGCUUUUCGGUUAACAAUCACUCGAAAAGACAUUCAGACCCUCAAUAAUCUGAACUGGCUCAAUGAUGAGAUAAUUAAUUUCUACAUGAAUUUGCUGAUGGAGCGGAGCAAAGAGAAGGGUUUGCCGGCAGUUCAUGCGUUCAAUACUUUCUUCUUUACCAAAUUAAAAACAGCAGGGUACCAAGCUGUGAAACGGUGGACUAAAAAAGUGGAUAUCUUCUCUGUGGAUCUCCUCUUGGUGCCUAUUCAUCUGGGAGUGCACUGGUGCCUAGCAGUUGUAGACUUCAGGAAAAAAACCAUCACCUAUUAUGACUCCAUGGGUGGAAUAAACAGCGAAGCCUGCAGGAUACUGUUGCAAUACUUAAAACAGGAAAGUCUUGACAAGAAAAGGAAAGAGUUUGACACUAAUGGCUGGUCAUUGCUGAGUAAGAAGAGUCAGGAGAUCCCACAGCAGAUGAAUGGCAGUGACUGCGGGAUGUUUGCCUGCAAAUACGCUGACUGCAUUACCAAAGACAAGCCUAUCAACUUCACUCAGGUAAACCCCACCCUGGCAUGCCCCUUUUCUUGGGGAGAGACAGGCAUGUGGCACUUACUUGUGCAUAUUCUGAUUUUUCCAAAUGCCCUUUGCCUCCUUGUCUGUGGGUUUAAAGUGCCCCCAGUGUGCGUGGGGAUUGUACUGCUGCUCCUUGGAGUAGAGCUGACACAAGGCACUGGGGCAAAUUUGUUCCUCUAAAGCCAUCCUGGGGUCUUUUGUUGCACCGAAAUCCAUGCUGUUGUACCCAAAUCCAUGGGGCAUGUCACCAAUGCAGCUGGGGAAAGCUCACAAACCCAUAAUGGGACCCACUCACAAUGGUAAUGAAAGUGGGGUGUUGUGGCUGGAAUCCCAGGGAACUUCAGUGUUAACGUUGUCGGCCUCCAUGGAAUAUCCCAUGCGUGAAUAUUUUACUUCUAAUUAUUAGAGAAUAUCAUCAGAGUUACAUUAUUACCUAGAUCUCAUCUGCUGUCCUGUUUUCAAUAAUCAGAAAGUAAAUUUUCCCCCAAGAAAGGCACCACUUAAAAAGCUGCACGCAGGAGAAUGGCUGUUCAAUGCGUGGUCCAGCAGUGAAAGACAUGCUGAUGUAUGUUUUCUCUCUCUUCUCUCUCUUUCCCCCCACCCAAAGCAACACAUGCCCUAUUUCCGGAAGCGAAUGGCCUGGGAAAUCCUUCAUCGCAAGCUGUUAUGAUGAUGUUGCGCCAAAAGCCGCUUCCUUGCGAGAUUGUAUCAGAAGUGCCCAGAUUUGCCCUGCUCAGCAGCCUGAGCUGUGGCAGGCGUGGACCUGCCCAGGGCUUCAGUCAAAGACACAGCAAAUGAACUCUGUAUCAUAUUUUUGAUAAACACCAUUCACGGACCAAUGCGCAAUAGAAAUGUUCAGAAGCACACUUGCCUUUUUUUUUUCCUUUUUUUUUUUUUGUAUUUCAAGACCUAUUUUUACAAGCAAUUUCAGGUGCUGAGACUUGAGGGGGCAGCUUUGGACAUUCAAGGAACUUUUUAUUUUUCUGCUUUCUGCAGCUCUUGCUGCCAGCUUUGCUGAGCUGAUGGCGUGACGCGGGGUGGGGAGGCUGGAUUUCAGGGGAGGGGAAGGCACUUACAUGGUUCUGGAUGCUCUGCGCACUGGGAGAGCUGUAAGUUGAGUGGCCUAUUUGGGGGUGGAUGUAGGGAGGGUUUGCUUGUAGAGGAAUGUUUUUGAUGUGUCCUCUACUCCUGUAUUAUCACCCCUCUGUCCUCAAAGCCAGCAUUUUCUCACCCAUCACAAACUCUGUCCCUGAUCACCUAUCCUAACAUUAUAACCUGGCACGCUUGGUUCUCAGGACAGCCUGGCUGUGGGCUUCGGAGAGCUGGGCAGGGGGCUGGAGGCAGGUCAGGCAUCCCUCGAGGGCGGCAGGCAGGAGCUGGGGGAUCUCUGAAAGUAACUUGUUUGUUAAACGCCACUUUUGCAGAGUCAUUUUUCUUCCCGAGGAAUUGGUCUCCCAGUUCUUUAGCAUCAACCGUUUACGGAAAUUCAGGUACAAAACUGUAGAGUAGAGCUGAUGCGCCAUCGGAUUGUUUUGUAUAUAUUUCCAAAUGUUUUUUUCCGGAGUGACAAAGAACAAAGUCUGCGUGUGCGUUGGGUUUGUUGGUUUUUUUGGGUUUUUUGUUUUCUUUUUUUUUUUUUUUUAUCCUGCCCUGGCUUUGCCUCCUCGCAGGAGCUGGGGCCGCGGCUUCUUGCCACCUUUGUCCUUGUGCGGAGGGCCCCAGCUGAGCGGAAUGAAUUGCUCCUCUCUCUCCGUGAUAUUUUGCACAUGUUUUGCCUGGGGAUGAAGGCUGACGCAAGGUCAAAGGUUGCAUUGAAGGCAGGCACCGUAGUCAACUCGAGAAGUGCUUCCAAAGGUAUCUGCGAGUACGUUCAGCGUGCGACUCCCAGGAGCCUUG